CUUGCUUUGAUGUAGAAAGCUUCCGGCAAUCUCUUUCUCUCUUGUACGUUGACACGUGCGCUCAAAAGAAGACUGGUUCAGCGCUGAUCAGUUUUUAAUCAUAUAAAUUGAUUAACUCGACCAGAAUUAACAAUCAAAAAUGCAAGCAAGUUUAAAAACCGACAACCCCGAAAAACCGGGACAGGAAGUUGCUCCAGUUCACCGUAUUCGUAUUACUUUGACAUCAAGGAACGUCCGUUCUCUUGAAAAAGUAUGUUCCGAAUUGAUCAGCGGUGCUAAGAAGCAAAAGUUGAAGGUCAAAGGACCGGUUCGUAUGCCUACGAAGACUCUGAGAAUUACGACCCGUAAAACACCUUGUGGAGAAGGUUCUAAGACCUGGGAUCGCUUCCAAAUGCGAAUCCACAAGCGUGUAAUUGACCUUUACUCGCCGUCCGAGAUCGUCAAGCAAAUCACUAGCAUCUCCAUCGAGCCUGGUGUAGAGGUUGAGGUUACCAUUGCCAACGAUUAAACAAUUUGUACAAAUAAUUGUUUUAAAUAAAAAAAACCAUCAGAUAAA